AUGAGUUCAAUUGGAACUGGUUAUGAUCUUUCUGUGUCCACAUACUCUCCAGACGGUCGCGUUUUUCAAGUUGAAUAUGCGGCAAAGGCUGUAGACAAUAGCGGCACAGUGAUCGGUCUGCGCGUCAAAGACGGUGUCGUACUUGCUGUCGAAAAACUUGUACAAUCAAAAUUAUUAGUACCCGGCUCGAACCGCCGUAUUCAAACUGUUGACACACACAUUGGAAUCGCCACAGCUGGAUUGUUAGCAGAUGGCCGUCAUAUCGUCAACUGUGCAAGGGACGAGGCACAAAGUUAUCGGAAUGUGUACAAAUCCCAAAUUCCUGGAAAGAUCAUUGCCGACAGAGUAGGUCAGUAUGUGCAGGCCUACACAUUAUAUUCCAGUGUUCGACCGUUUGGCAGUAGUGCUAUAAUCGGAACUUUUGACAAAGACGGCCCACAACUUUUCAUGGUUGAACCAUCCGGGGUAUACUGGGGUUACCACGGCUGCGCGAUUGGUAAAGGGAAGCAAGUUGCAAAGACAGAAAUUGAGAAACUCCAGCUCUCCGAGAUGUCGGUUCUAGACGCCGUCAAGGAGGCUGCCCGAAUCAUUUACACCGUUCACGAUGAAGCGAAAGACAAAGAUUUUGAAUUGGAAUUGAGUUGGGUCAGCGAGGGAAAUAAGAGGCAUCAAUUUGUACCCAGCGACCUCGCGGCCGAAGUGGAACGAUUAGCAAAGGAAUCGCUCAAUGAGGAAAUGGAAGAUGACUAA